UGUCCUCACUCAGACGCCGUACUAUGCACACCUCUGAUUGGUCAGUCCGUGUGUAAUAGUUCAGACGACGUCCAUCGGAUCAAAGUCAAGAUGAGUCUGAGAAAGCAAACCCCGAGUGACUUUUUGAAGCAGAUAAUUGGGAGACCUGUGGUCGUCAAACUGAACUCUGGUGUCGAUUACAGAGGUGUCCUGGCCUGCCUGGAUGGAUACAUGAACAUUGCCAUAGAGCAGACUGAAGAGUAUGUCAAUGGGCAGCUCAAGAACAAGUACGGGGACGCUUUCCUAAGAGGAAACAAUGUCCUGUACAUCAGCACCCAGAAGAGGAAAGUGUAGUGAAGAUGAUUCUGUUGUUUCAUUUUUAUUUUCCAGUGUUGUGUCAGUGAUAUGUCAGUGGACAACUGCCCUAUGUUUUUGGUUCUGUAAAGCCUGAAGUCCUGAAGAAUGUUUGUUUUUGUAAAAGUGGAAUAUGUUAAUAAAUCCUGAGUUUUGAUUUA